AUGAUGCAUCCUCAACUCUUCAUUUCAGGCCUCAUGCUCCUUCUUCCAGGUGCUGUGGAUUCUUACAGACUAGUGAAGGGGCUGGUGGGUCACCCUGUCACACUUCCAUGUAAUUACUCCUAUCGUGGGGUCACAACCACCUGUUGGGGCACAGGGGAAUGCCCAUCUUCUCAGUGUGCAAACACGCUUAUCUGGACUGAUGGAUAUCAAGUCACUUAUCGGAGCAGCCCCCGAUACCAGCUAAAGGGGAAUAUUUCAGAAAGAAAUGUAUCCUUGACAAUAGAGGACGCUGUUCAGAGUGACAGUGGUCUGUACUGUUGUCGAGUGGAGAUACCUGGAUGGUUCAACGAUCUGAAAUUCACCUUUUCAUUGGAAGUUACACCAGAGAUUCCCUCAAGUCCUCCAACAAGACCCACAACUACAUCAAGACCCACAACUACAACAAGACCCACAAUUAUUUCAACAAGAACGACACAUGGACCAACAUCAACCAGAGUCUCUACCUCUACUCCUCCAACACCAGCGCACACACAGACUAAACCAGAAACCACUACAUUUUGUCCAUAUGAGACAACAGCUAAGGUGACAGAAAUCCCAUUCUAUAACACUACAGAUUGGAAUAUCACUGUGACAUCCUCAGAGGACUCUUGGAAUAAUUACACUGGAGCCAUCCCUACACGGAAGCCGAGGAUGAACAUGACUAAGGGCUUCUAUGUUGGCAUCUCCAUUGCUGCCCUAGUGCUGCUGCUGCUUCUGAGCACCAUGGUUAUCACCAGGCACGUGCUUAUGAAAAAGAAGUCAGGGUGUCUAAGUGUGGUAGCCUUCCACGCCUCUACGACUGGAGCCUCACAAAACACAGUGGUCAUGUAUCCCAGAGCUAAAGACAAUAUCUAUAUUAUUGAAGACAGUCCGUGA